AUGGAAGAACUGUAUAUCUAUAUUAAACAACUUCGUAAUCAGUUGCAGUCACUGGAAAGAAGAGCCAAAAAUCUAAAGGAACUAUGUGGAGAAUUGGCUCUUGAUAAUGAUCGUUUACUUGAGGAAAACCCAAUUCUAAGGAAUCAGUUGCAGUCAUUGGAAAGAAGAGCCAAAAAUCUAAAGGAACUAUCUGAAGAAUUGGCUCUCGAUAAAGAUCGUUUACUUCAGGAAAACAACCAGUUGGGAUCUGAAGUUGGGACAAUGACAGAACAAGUUAAUGCUGCAGAAACCAAUGCUACUAUGGUUAAGAAAGUAACCUUGAUAUUGACUAUGAUAGUUCUUGACUAUGAUCGUUUACUGAAGGAGAACAAAAAUUUGAAAAACCAAUGGGAUUGGGAGAUGGUCACAUCUGCAGAUAAAGAUUAG